AGUUACUGUGUGUCGCUCGUCGGGAGGCUACGCGUCGUCCCCGUCCGUGAUACGUGAUACUUUUACGUAGUUCCUUACAAAACCGGUUGGAAAGUGCUCGAGGUGUGGCGUGGGCGAACAGUGCCGCGUUCAACCAUAAAAUACUCUGGUUACAGUUCCAAAACUACACGUUUUGUGCUUGAAAAAUAACUUUUAUAGUGUUUUGUGAGUAAUCGGAUCCCGGCGCUAUCAAUCGAGUUAAGCAAGACGACGAUAGAAGCUAGCUGCGCGUGAGUGCAAGACAAAAGUUCUGGAUCAAACCGGUUUCAGUGUCCGUGUAACGCCUAGUAUGCUGGUUCGAAUUUCGAAUCUGAGUGUUUUGUGAUUGGCUGUUUAGAAAGUGAUUUUCAAGAUGGCCGUUGUUCCCGCGCUUUUUGGAUUGCUGUUGGCCGCUUUUGUGUCAGGUCAGAAUGUGGAGAUCACCCCUCGGGAAGCAGUUAGGAGGAUCGGAGACGAGCUCAGCGUGCUGUGCAAGGUGGCGUACCCCAUCGACUCUUGCAGAAUGACAGUUGGCGCUACUUCCUACAGAUUGAUACCUGACAACCUUCAGGGAGAUGUCGUCUAUGCAGGACAGGGGCUCAAGGCUGGUGAAUGUGGUGCCCUGAUCAAGAAUAUCAAGGAGGAGUGGAAUGGCAACAUCACGUGUGUUCUGCCGCCCCCCUCCGGAAGCAUCGAGCUUGUGGGGACCAUGAGGCUGCUGGUAGCAAGAGCGCCAGGAACACCUAUCCUGAACUCCCCACAGCAGCCGACCUUCAGAGACGGAGAUAAAUUCAUGGCGCAAUGCGUGGUGCCCAAUGGAAGACCAGCUGCCAAGAUCACGUGGUUCUUAGGAUCCGAGGAACUCCUCCAAGGCGUAUACCAGCCAGUCGUGACAUCAGAACCAGGGUCUGACCUUCAGACGAUCAGUCAGAACGUGAGCAAAACCCUGACUGAUGAGGAUGACGCCAAGAAGCUGGUCUGCAGAGCUGAACAUGAAGCUUUGGAGAAACCCAUGGAAGUUACCCGGCAAUUGCAUGUGCAAUACCCCCCAAAACGCCAAGAAUCAGGUCUAAUCACCAUCUUCGGCUUGAAGUUGGGAGCUGAAGGUAGACUGAAUGUGACCGUCAGAGCGAACCCCAAGCCGAAUGCUGAGUGGUCCAUCGGAGACCAGGUGCUGAUGGCUCCCAGGCAGGUCGGAGAGAUCACCGCGUUGGAACCUCUGCUGCUGGGUAGCGGCUACUACAACAUCACGUUGAUCCUGGCUCGCAUUACCAAGGAGGAUGUGGACAGGACAUACUACCUGCGCGUGGACAACGGGCUGGGACGGGAGGAGUUCCCUGUGAGGAUCAGCACUAUGGAUGAACCUGCUGGCGUAGAGCUCGACACUGGUGCAAUCGUCGGUAUCGUGGUAGCAGUAUUAAUUCUUCUAGUUGCCGUAUUUUUGGUCGUUUUCGCCUUCGCCACGGACAGAUGGUGUUUCGCCGGAAGGAGACGAGACAACACGAAAAGCUCGGGAGAAUCGACGCCGGCCGGGGAUGUGCUUUUAGAAUCUGGCAACACGCUUCCUAGAACUAGCGACACAGAGAGCGCGGUGGGUGGACGGGAGCGCUCGCGGCUGGCGGGGCUCAGUGCGCGAGUGAGAGCGGUGCUGCCGAGAGCUAAGGAUAAGGUGCAGGCUACUGAGGCGCAGACUGUUGAUACUGAGGAUAAGCCUCUCUCAGACGACAAAAAGGGCGUGGUAUACGCAGAACUAGCACUCGGCGAACAAACCUCCACGGAGAAACCACCCCCACCCUCCACGGAGUACGCAGAAAUCGUCUACACAGACCAACCUAAGGACAACAAGGACACCAACUAGGUUGCCACAACCACACAUAAUGGUUGCUACGCUACGCUACCUAUGGUUACUACAACUUAUGACAGAAAAAAAUAUGAAGACAAAAUAUACUAGGAUUACUAAGUUACACAUACUUUUGUAAUGGUUGCUAUGCUAACUGUGGUUGCUAUGCUACAUACGGUUGCUACAACUUAUGACAACUAAAAUUCAUGAAGAAAAAUAUACUAGGUUACGACGACCACACACUUCUGUAGAAAAUGGUUGCUACGCUACCUAUGGUUGCUACUAUGAACUUAUGACAGCUAUAAAGGAAAAAUCUGGUUACGUUAACCAAAAAAUAGUUAUGGUAAAAGUAACCGUUUUAUUUAAUUAUAAUGAUUAUUUAUGUAAUUUGAAAAUUGACUAUCAGUGGUUAGUAAUUUUACAAUUUGAGAUAUUUUUAGUUACCUAUAUUAAGUUUGGAGUGUCGGCAAGAAAACUGAAUAAUCUGUAAUUCGGAAUAUUUAAAUACACUCUAAAUUAUUUUCUGCACAUAUAUUUAGAACACACAUUUAUAAUCUUUGGUUAUGGCAACCAAAAACUACCCAUUUAUCCAGUGAGGGUAUACUUACGUUUAUUAUGAAAAUAGAAACCAUAUUUUGAAGAAUAUUGAAAUUGUAAUAUUUUUUCGUAAAAUAACUGCGUCAUAUUUAUUCAGAAUUUACCGCAAAUGUAAGUUUCGUGAAAAAACAUAUAUCAUUGAAAUUUAUUAUAAAAGCUAUUUUUAGCUACUUUAAAUACACAUAUUAUAUUCAAAAUUAAAAGAAAACAUCACAAAAAAUACAUAUUAAUAUUCUAGUAUUGGAAUAAUCCACCGAAACAAAUUAAAAAGAAUAUAUUUAUUACUUUUUCGUUUAAAUUGUAAGAAACAAAGUUACUUUUGUAAUAGAUAUUAAGUUGUUUUUAAGUAUAGAACUUUUGACUUUAUAGUUUAGGAGAAAAACGUAUUAGAUUCUACCAAAUUGUACCGUAUUCUACCAAAAUGUUUCAAUUUUACCAUCAUUUAUAUAAAAAUACUGGCUUUUAUAUAUACAUACGUAUAGAUUUUGUCGAUUUAUGCUAUAUGGUUAGGUACUAAUAAUUUUUGUAAUCUUAUAUUCCAUUUUUACGAACUCCUAAACUAUAAAAGUCAAUUUAUAUGGAGUAAAAGUAAUCUCGCAAACUAUUUAAUUAAUUACAAUAAGGUGUAAACGUGUGUGCUUCAAUUGAUAUUAUUAUUUUGUAUAUUUGUUUGUUUAUAUUUUGGCGCUAAAGUUCUGUCAGAUGUCACAAACUAAUUACUUAAAAAUGAAAGAUGAAAAGCUAACAAUUUAUAAUCAUAAUUACCAUCUUUAAUAUGCCUAUGUAUAAGAAAGAUAUAAACAUUAUUAAUUUUAAAAGAACUUUUCGCCAAUAUAUAAAACCAGCGCUUGUGUAUACUGCCUUUUGCAGCUAUUUUUACGUACAAAAUAUAUUAUUAGUGUAAGUUUAAUAUAAUAGAUGUUUUUAUCAGUGUAUCUGUCCAAUAUAUUCUGUGUUAUCCAUAAACAUAACAUAUUCACUGCCAGAAAAACUGCACAAAACUAACUUUUAUAAGUGUUGAGAAACUUUUCAACACCUUUCAACCUUCAACUUAUAACGCCAUCUAGUAGCAACAAUUAGUACAUGUAGUUCUGAUGCGUGUUACUAGAUGGCGUUGUUUGAAAUUUUGUAUCGUGGCUUCUGUAUGUACGUAUAAUUUACGCAUUUUUAUUUUCAGUAUUUACUAAAAAUGUUGAUGAAAAAGAACUGCAUCUAAAUAUUAUCUCGCAGAUACUUUGUUUAAAAGACAGCUCCUUAUUUGUACCAAUUUACUAUAGAAGUGGGCCCUGGUUUCAUAAUUUCUUCCCUACUAUUCGAAGUAAGUUACUGUAUUGGUGGAUACCUUGGUGUUGUGUGAAUUUAAUGGCACUAAAUAUUUGAGAAUUCAUUAUGUACACUAUUUCUUCCAAUUUCCAAUUACAACGUGAAUUUUGGGGUCUUAUUUCUGGAAAUGUUUCAACCAUUAAAACCAUGGUGUAAUAAUAUGGCAUGCUACAGUUAUUUAGGGUACAAAAAGAAUUUAUUUUACCUAGUUUUGUAAUAGACAAGUCAAGAUGUGCAGAGAAAAAGUGAGGUGGAAAUGCUAAUAUAAUAUUAAACCUUUUUUAGCUAAUAUCAAGUCGUGCUCUUUGGAGUCAGAAAUAAAUAAAACUGCAAGUUUGAGCAAGCAGAUUACAAAAACGAAGCUUAAAAAAAACGCUCCCAAAUCGGUUCACCCAUUUGAGAGCUGCAAUGCCAUAGAGAGACAAAUAGCAUUUUUGGGGCCGUUUUAGAAAAAAGGUUUAAUCAAGUUUAAACAAUGUAAUUUCUAUUAAGCACGCUGAAGCCCUUUUGAGACAACUUUAAUUAUGUGGUGAACAAAACCGACGAUUAUCCCUGUAUACACUAUGGAAAUGUACCCAAGGACAAUCCCCGGUUCUGUGCUAAACUAUUGCUAACUAUUAUUAUUUACUAUUUCCACCUUACAAAGCUUAUAUAAUUUACGAUCCGUCCAGAUAUUAAUUUUUAAUUAAACAAAUAUAUUUUAUUUUUGUAACUAAGUUUAAGUUUUACAGUGCUAUAAAUAGGUGCUUAGUUUAAACGAUUCUCUAUGACGCUAGAUUUAGUUUUAAUUUUGAUAUGUUUUUGACACUUUUUAUGCGUAAAAUGAACAAAAUAAAAAAUUCUAAUAGCUUGUAUUUUUACAACUAGACCGAUCAACCGAUUUCAUUAAAAAUAUACCCAGUUCUCAAAUUGUCGGUAUUUAUUUUUAACUGUCUUUUUUAAUGUGUAAUUAUGUAUCAAACCGUGCCUUCAAGGUUUUUAAGAAAAUACGCAUUUCAAAGUGUCAGAAAUAUAAUAUAAUCUUUUGUAAAAUAUAUGAAAGGCUGCCUCGAGCAUCUGCUACACAAAGGAACGUCGAAAUAUCAAACAAUUUGUAUUUAUUAAAGCUUUUUCGUGUACUUAUUACCUUUACCUUGUAUUUUUAAAUAAAAAUGUGUCAUUUU